AUGAAUCCUAUGUCCAUGGAUAGAGAUGAGCCGUCUUCUUUAUCGUCGUUUUCUACAAAUCAUCCUCUUGAACAAUUUACUUUACUCGCUAAAGGUGCCAAAGGAUCAGCAUGUGCAGAACUCAUUAAACAAGUACUUGAAGCACCAGGGGUUCAUGUGUUUGGGGAACUACUUGAAAUGCCCAACAUUAAAGAGCUGGAGACUGGACCAUAUGCUACACAUUUAAAAACUCUUAACCUAUUUGCCUAUGGUACAUAUAAAGAUUAUCUAGAGAAUAAAUCAGAAUAUUUAGAACUUACUCCUGCACAGUGCAAAAAAUUACAACAUUUAACUAUUGCAACUCUUGCAACACAAGAAAAAUGCAUCCCAUAUAGUGUAUUACUCAAAGAAUUAGAUAUCAAAAAUGUUAGAGAUUUAGAAGAUUUGAUCAUUGAAGCUAUAUAUGCAGAUAUUAUUCAUGGUAAGCUCGACCAAGAAUGCAAAAGAGUGGAGGUAGAUGUGGCUCUCGGUAGAGAUGCAAGGUUAGAAGAUGCAUCAGCUAUUGCAGAUGUUUUGGCAGAUUGGUGCAAUGCAUGUGAGGCAGUGCUCAAUUCUGUAGAUAGACACAUUCAGAGAGCUAACCAUCACAAACAGAGGGCUAUUAGACAUCAACAGAAUAUUGAUGAAGAGAUAAUGUAUAUAAAGAAGACAUUAAAAACUCAAGCAGAGAAUGAGGAGUCGGCAUCAGGCGGCAGUGAAUCCCACUCAGUCCCCAAGAAGAACUCUGGCAAAGGCAAAAUCCCACGAAACACGGCUAAAUUUUUAAAUUGGCAAAAAAACACA